AUGGACACGCGUGCCUCCGCCUUGGCCGCCGCCGGCGGCGCGGCGCUCGGCGGCCUCGCGGUCUACGUCCUGUCGCGGCGGCGCGACGACGGCCCGCCCCCGGCGCCGGCGCCGCGCCAGACCUUCCGCCACUUCCCCGUGCGCGGCCCGCUCCAGCGGUCCUACUCCCUCGCGGCGACGAGCCUCGGCGAGGACGCGACGGUGCGCGUCGUCUGCUACGGCGACAGCAACACCUGGGGCUUCGACGCCUUCUCGCCCGCCGCGGCGCGCGAGGGCGUGCUCUGCCGCUUCUGCGAGGGCGGCCGGUGGCCGCGCGUCGCCGAGAAGCUGCUGGGCCCCGGCUACGCGGUCGUCGAGGAGGGCCUCAACGGGCGGACGACGGUGCACCCGGACCCGCUCAUGGGCGACUACGACGCCAACGGCCGCGCGACGCUCGCGGCGAUCCUCCACUCGCACAAGCCCUUCGACGUCGUCGUGCUCAUGCUCGGCACGAACGACCUGAAGACGCACCUGGCCCUGACGCCGGAGCAGAUCGCCAAGGGCGCGUCGACGCUCGUCGUCAAGAUGGGCGUCACGCGCAGCGCCGAGCGGCCCAAGGUGCUCCUCGUCGCGCCGCCCAAGGUCUGGGACAAGCCCGAGUGGGGCUUCGCGGGCGCGCGGUCGCGGAGCGACGCGUGCCGCGCGUGCUACGCGGCCGAGGCCGAGGCCCACGGCUGCGCGUUCCUCGACGCCAACGACGUCUUCGCCAUCCCCGACCCGGCCAAAGAGGGCGGCGACGGCAUCCACCUGUCGCCCGCGAACGCCAAAGCGCUCGGCGCGGCCGUCGCCGCGAAGAUCGAGUCCAUGAUGGCCUAA